AUGCCGUCGACCCAAGAGCCUAUUCUUGCAGAUGUUCUCGAUCUCGAAGAGGAAGCUGAGUUUGAAACUCGCGUCUUCGAGAAGAUCCAAGGAGAUGAUUUCAUCGUGGACUGGAAUGGUCCCGACGACAAAGGCAAUGCCCAGAAUCUGCCCAAGCCGCGCAAGUGGCUCGUCACAUGGGUGCUUGCCCUGUAUGUGUUGUCGACGACCUUCUCGUCAUCCGUCUUCAGCGCUGCGGCAGCAGUGACCGCAAACGAGUUCGACACUACCGUUCAGACUAUGGUGUUUGGCGGGACAUCGCUGUUCAUGCUCGGGUUUGCUGUUGGCCCAAUCAUCUUUGGGCCACUAUCUGAGCGCUACGGGCGAAAGGGUCCUCUAGUAAUUGGCUAUGUCUCCUUUGCUCUACUACAGCUUCCUGCAGCCAACGCCCAGAGCCUGUUCACCAUAUUCGUGGCGCGCUUUCUCCAGGGAGUGUUUGGUGCAGCACCUUCUGCGAUCUUGAGCGGCACUCUGGCUGACAUCUGGACACCAAAGCAAAGAGGUUUCGCUAUGCCAUGUACUGGAACCUUUCUGAUGAUUGGACCAGUGAUUGGACCAAUGACUGGUUCUGUCAUUGUCCAGAGCUCUUUAGGCUGGCGUUGGAUAUUUAACUUCACCGCCAUCGUUACUCUUGCUAUUGCAGCGAUCACAUACCCUCUCUUGACCGAGACCUAUUCGCCAGUUCUCUUGGCUAAGAGGGCAAGACGCAUGCGUCAUAUGACACGCAACUGGGCGCUCAGGGCAAGAUCAGAGGAACAGGAUAGGAAUAUCAAGGAUGUUGUAGAGAGCUGUCUUUCUCGGCCCGCGAAGAUGCUUGUCCUGGAACCCAUUCUUCUUCUGAUGUCUACCUACAUCUCCGUAGUGUUCGGCCUCAUGUAUAUCUUCUUCCUUGCCUAUCCGAUGUCCUUUGCUAACGAGCGACACUGGGACUCUACCUCGGCUGGUCUUCCACUCCUUUCCAUCCUGCUUGGAACCAUCAUCGGGGGUGCUCUCAUCAUCCUCACGGUCAACACAAACCUGUCCCCGGACCCUAAGGCCGAUAGACCACAGGAGAACAGGCUUCUCCUAAUGAUGCUUGGCUCCGUCUGCCUGCCGGUCGGAAUGUUCUGGUUCGCCGCCACAAGCUCGCCGGAGACGAGCGCAACUCAGCAGAUUAUUGCAGGUGUGCCAAUCGGCAUGGGCAUCAUUCUUAUCAACAUGCAAGGAAUGAACUACAUAGUCGAUUGCUACGGGCCAUUCUCCAACUCUGCAAUCUCGGCAAACACUUUCAUGCGGUCGCUUUUUGCGUCCGGCUUUCCGGUCUUCGCGACCUCUCUUUACAGUUCUAUCGGUGUCGCACGAGCAACGUCGUUUUUGGGCCUUUUCGGCGUUGUUCUGGCGCCCAUCCCGCUUCUCUUUUUCAAUUAG